UGGGAGGUUGGCUUUAUUCAGGUAUAUUAGCUUUUCCUUGGAGACUUGGAAAAAAAAUAGAUUUGAAGAAGAAAACGAUAUAUUUAAGGAUGGGAGAGGUAGAAUGGCCUCUAAACUAGGAGUGAAGGGUCAUCUGCUGUUAAUUUCAGUAUUGGAAGACAUUGCUAAUCUUACAGACUGGAAGAAACAUUGCUCUGUGUGCAGUGUGUGCUUUAAAGGAGACGAUCCUCCAGAUAAUGGGGUGAGUGGGUGUGUUUGAAAAUUGAGUUCUUUGGAGCUAGGGAGGCCAAACUCGUUCCCCACAGCCUGUAUCCCUCUCAGCAGAAGACAGGCAGAGAAGACAAAACUUGGGAGAAUCAUGUGUUGAAGCUGAAUAGUCCAGCUUCCAAGACGUGUUUUCUGUGUGCCACAGUCAUGUGAAACUUAACACUCAGCGACUUUGGUUCCCUGUCGAUAUGCAAAUCCAUUCUCUUGCCCUUCUCCCUUUUGGUUUCCUUCCAAGGGGUUUCCCAUCCCCCAUCUCGCCCUCCUCCCGCCUGCCGCUUCCAGCCUGACAGUCCAGAUUUUCCAGCCAACUGCUGGAGCUGACUUCCUCAAACUUUUUGGAAUAAAACUAGCAUCCAUAAUCAUCCACUCAGUUCCACACACGCCCGUGCCUUCCUCCCCAGACUAGAGAACAGACCGUCAUCAGGUAAAGCUGUGCUUGUACCCCUACCUCACUCCUUACGCCUUUCAUCUUUAUCUGGUGGCUUCUUUCUUUAGGGAAAGUCGGGAUAGUACAGUAUGGAUGCGUGGCUUCCGGGGAUCGUUUUGUUGCCACAUAGAUGUUUCUUGCCUGGAAAUUUGCAGUGUGUCCUAUAGUGGCCUCUGUCCUAUAAUAGUAAUGAGAGUAAAGGAUUUAGGGUUCCUUUUUCUGCCACUCCCACCCGCUCCAAGGCGCUGCUUGUAAUUUUCAAUUGGAUAGGGAAUAGGGAUUAAGAGAUUUUAGAGCUUGGUACACAAAUAGGGGAAGCCUUAUACAGGAAUACGGAGGUGGAGGGGAGAAGUGUUAAAGCCAUCUCAUCUAAGAUUUCUGGGCUUUCAGCAUUGCAAUUAACAUUUGAUAUGGCUGGGCUUGUAUAGAGGGGACUCUCAAGACUGGUCCUUAGUACUACAGGUACAGUAAGGUGAAAAGUGUUGAAGAAAUGGACAAAAAUGGCUCUAAGUAGCCUAAGCUUACUCAAAUUUGUUAGUACACAGGAUCGGGAAGCCAAGUGGCAUAUUACACUGUAUCAGUGCUACUGUGGUGGAGAUGAUAAGCUAUGGCAGAAGAAAGAUUAGUGUGAACCUUUGAGGGACUGGGUCCUUGACCUUCAGGGACUGCCUGAUUUCCAGCUUAUGUUUGAUUCUCUUGGGAUGUAGCAACAGGGCUUCCCGAUAGUAGAAAAGAGGGAAAUCUUUAUGACCACAGCAGCUGGUUAGUAUUAGAGCAAUUUCCUGAGAAAGGAGGAAGAGAAACAGCAGCAGUAGAUUUGGGAGGUGGAGAGGGUUUUGGAGGUUGGAGCUUUGUCUGGGAAAGGCAGAUAGAAGUAAGAGAAUGAGAAGGAGAGAAAGUAAAAUAGACUGAGGCAGGGAGGAAAAUCCUUUCAGUGAGCAAGUUGCCACUCAGCAGUCCAUUAUCUAUCUAAGAACUUAGGGUUCCUUCGAAAGAAAAGUAGGUUAGAAUCACUGAUCAGAACAAAAUCUCUACCUGGUGUCUAUUCGAAUUCUACUCUGAUCAUUCUCUUUUCCUUAUCAUCUCCUCCAGGCUUCGUGGGCACAUUGUGGAGAGAGAGGGAGGAGAAAUUAUUCAGAUCAUUUUUACCUUUCCCUUCCAUAUAGUAGAGCUAGAAAUGUUCGUAUUCAUGAUAAGUAUCCUAAACCAUGUCCAAGUCAAACAGCACAAAGUGAGUGUUCAGUUGAAAAGAAUGGAUGUGUAUGGGAGGAGGAGCAGACAGACACUUUGAAACACUCCUCAGCUUACCAUCUGGUAGCUUAUUUUAAUGAAUUUUUUUUUUUUUUAACGGCACUAAACUGCUGAAGAAUCACAGAUGUUAACAGUGCCCUCUAAAUUCACUUGUACUCAAUUUUUAUGCAUUGAUACAAAGAUCUAAUUGUUCUGCCCUCGAUAGUCUUGACAUAUGUAUUUGUUAAUGUUUCUCUAUUGUGUGCUUUUGGGUGAUAUUUCACCAGAAUAAACUAUACAGGGAAGAGUCAAGGAACCAAACAAAAGUAAUGUGUUUCUCCGAUGUUUAGAUUUCAUCCAGAGUUAGGUUCUUACCUCUUUGGUCAUAAACCAUUCUCACUACUCUUUCUCCCUUCUCAACAUGAUGGUUUUCUCUCUUAUCCCUGGCCUGGAAUUUGAAAGCAGCUUUCUUACAUAUUCCUUGCAAACCCAAAAUCUGGACAGUAUUCCUUCCCUCAGGAUGUGGGAGUUAAGCAUCCUGCUGCUGUUGCUGCCAUCAGUGGUGAGUUCUGCUCAUCACCCAGAAGAAAUGUUAGAUACACAGUGGAAGCUGUGGAAGCAAUCCUAUGGAAAAGAAUAUAACAGCAAGGUGGAUGAGAUCUCUCGACGUCUGAUUUGGGAAAAGAAUCUAAAAUACAUUUCUACCCACAAUCUGGAAUUUUCUCUUGGUCUUCACACAUUUGAGCUGGCCAUGAACCAUUUGGGUGACAUGACUAGUGAGGAAGUAGUACAGAAAAUGACUGGACUGAAGAUGCCCCUGUCCCGCUCCCAGAACAAUGAUACCCUCUAUAUUCCUGACUGGGAAGGCAGAACCCCUGAUUCUAUUGACUACAGAAAAAAGGGAUAUGUCACUCCGGUCAAAAAUCAGGGUCAGUGUGGCUCGUGUUGGGCCUUCAGUUCUGUGGGUGCCUUGGAAGGCCAACUCAAGAAGAAGACUGGUAAACUCCUCAACCUGAGUCCCCAGAACCUUGUGGACUGUGUGUCCAAAAAUGAUGGCUGUGGUGGGGGUUAUAUGACCAAUGCCUUCCAGUAUGUACAGGAGAACAGGGGCAUUGACUCUGAAGAUGCUUACCCUUAUGUUGGACAGGAUGAAAGUUGCAUGUACAACCCUACUGGCAAGGCAGCAAAAUGCCGGGGAUACAGAGAGAUCCCAGAAGGGAGUGAGAAGGCCUUGAAGAGGGCAGUGGCCAGAGUGGGACCCGUUGCUGUUGCAAUUGAUGCAAGCCUGUCCUCUUUCCAGUUCUAUAGCAAAGGUGUGUAUUAUGAUGAAAACUGCAACGGUGAUAAUCUCAACCAUGCAGUGCUGGCUGUGGGAUAUGGGAUUCAAAGGGGCACCAAACACUGGAUCAUCAAAAACAGCUGGGGAGAGGAGUGGGGCAACAAAGGCUACAUCCUGAUGGCCCGGAACAAGAAGAACGCCUGUGGCAUUGCCAACCUGGCCAGCUUCCCCAAGAUGUGAGCCUGGCCUUUGGACUUUGUUUGACUCUUCCUUUCCACCUCCCUCCGUUCUUACAAGGCUGCAGAUGCACUUUGGAAAGGAGCUGGCCGCUCUCUCUUGGAGCAAACCCAGGGGUUUGUAGACGGUUCACUUACAGCUUACCCUUCAGUAUGACCAAGUGCCCUUCGGAUGUCCUUCUCCUCUUUUCCCCAGCCCCUGCCUCUACUCGGUUUCCUUAGAAAUUUCAGGGUCAAGAGUGAGGUACAAGGGCUAGCUCCAAAAUGCACACACAGGGCCGUGGCCUGGGAAGUGGACGCCGGGUCGUAAGUGGGCAGGCUGUCCUGGUGCUGCUGCUGUGUCCAUGGGAGGAGAGCUUCCAAACAGAGCAGACUCCCAUCUGGCCAGAAGUCGGCCCUUUUUGUUCUGCCUCAAGGCAGGGAUGCAGACAGUGACAUGAAAUCCUGUCUGUCCAGCUGUCAGGGUUCCUUCCAUCAAGUUUUGUGAGUCUCCAUAAUCUCUUCUUUGUCCUCAAAAGUGAGAGGUGCCUGUUUUCCAUCUCAUUUCAUGAAACUAUGAUUUUCUUAUUUUGUAGUAAGUUUAGAUUAUACCAGAAAUAUGUAUUUUUUCCUCUCUGCUUAAAUGUUUUGAAAUAAACUGAGUAUUAAUCA